AUGGAUCUAUCUUCGGCCCGAGUCAAGUCAUACUUCCUUUCACCUAUAACAACGAUUCCUCCGGAAGGGCCAAUAAGGCUUGGAAGCAUAAUUGAGGAUCCAAGUUUUGUUCAAGAGCCUAUAAACAAUCCACCCGUCUCUCCAGGUUCCGCCGGGGAACAAGUAUACUUGCACAAUGCUGCUAAUAGCGCCGUCACUUUGAACGCUUCCAAAGGCUUUGCCCUCGGACUCUUUGUAAAGUUUCAGCAACUCCUUCAAAGCAAAAUUGGAGGAAAAGCGUCGUCCGCCGUCGAAGAGACAUGGUCCUUCAGUAACUUACAGACACAAUGGUUCAAACCAAGCGAUGACUACAUAAAGCAGAGUUUGCAGCAAAUGGAGGUGCAAGAGUUCAUCGCCCAAAAUUAUUCUUGGCUGAGGCGAACCAAGCUCUACAUGGUGACUGGUGUCAUGAUUGCAGAAGGCGCUUCCUCAGCUAUCAAAGUCGCAAAGCAGAACAAACUUCAUCUCAGCCUAGGCGUCGAUGCUCCAUUGCCGCAAGCCCCAAUCGCGGUCCGUCCUCAAUUAGACCUUGAAGGCGCAUCAGGCGUAACGAAAUCUCAAGGGAAAUCAGAUACUGUCGUUUUUGCAUUCCAACUUCGGCGAAUCAAGAUCUCCCCCGCUGGUGAUGUCACACACGCGCAGUAUACUGAUGGAAGUUUGCUAUCUGUUCAUAAAGAUGCAAGCUCGGACAAAAAGAGUUAUCAGAUUGUUGUGGAUGGGAUCGACGAGGAUGAUGUUAAUCCUGUCGAAUUUGGAUUGGAAGGUUCGUCGCUUGAUGUGGAUGAUGCUAUGGAAGAGAGUGGCUGA